AUGAAAAAUAAAGUAAAUAAAUGUAAAUUAACAAUUUUAAAGCCUUAAUCGCUAAUUGCAAAAAUAGGAGAAACUGUUUCUUAUUCUUUAGCUAAUUUCGGAUUUUAACCGUACGGACAAACUAUUACUGGAACUAUAUAAAUUCCUUAUUAAAAAAAUAAUAAAGAUUAAAUAUCCGAUGGAUGUUAGGAAAUUUAAUCAAUUUCUAAUUAAGAAACAUAAGGAUUUUCAUAAUAGUCUAUAUAUUUAAUAUAAAGAGGAAACUGUUCGUUUGUUACUAAAGCGAAAAACGCUGAAUUAGCUGGAGUGGGAUUAUUAAUAAUAUAUGAUAAUUAUGAUAAUGAAUCUGAAUAAGAUAUUAUUUUAAUGGAUGAUCAUACUGGAAAACAUUUAGUUAUAAGUACCUUAUUUAUAAACAAAAGUAAUGGUGAAUAAAUCCAAAAUUUUAUUUUACAAAAUCCAAACUAAAAAGUUGAUAUAAAAGUAGAAUUUGAAUAACAUAAAGAAGCAAAUAAUAUAAAUGUUGUCUUUUGGAUGAGCUCUUUAGAUUAAGAUUCAUAUUAAUUUAUUAAAAAUUUUAAAAAACAUUACGAUGCAAUCUAAUUAGAGGGCUUUAAUAUCAAAUUCUAAGUACAUUUUGCACUCACAUAUGACAUUGAAUCAAGAGAAAAUUUCUAUAGUUUAACAAAAGAUAAUUGUGUCUCUAAUGGUAGAUAUUGCUCUCCUGAAUUGAAGGAUAAUGAUGAACUCACUAGUAGUGUUGUAUUAGAAGAUUUAAGAUAGAUUAUUAUUUCAAAGUUAUAUCCGAAAUUGUGGUGGGAUUAUGCAAUUGAUUUCGGAGAUGUAUGCUUAAAUUCUAAAAGUGCGAGAGAAUUAGAAAUAUGUUCUUAUAAAAGUAUGGAAAAUGUGGGAUUUAAGGAAGAAUAAAUAGAGGCAGUUAAAUUAUAAUUUGAAAAAUCAUUUAUUAAGUAAGGAUAUUAGCCUAUUAAUUAUGCUGUUAAUGAUAAUAAAAUUCUUAGUGCAGAACUAUUAACAUUCUUUGAAUUAGAAGUAGAUAUUUUCCCUGCACUUAUUGUCAAUUAAGAUUUCUUUAGAGGUGAUAUUACUGCUGAAGGACCUAUAUAUGAAUUUAUAUGUGACGCUUUUAUUGAUUAACCCUUAAAUUGUUUUAAUUCAUUCGAUAAAUAUGUAGAAUUUAAACAUGGUUUAUUUUUUUUAUUCUAAAUUAAAUAUAUUUUUUUUUAUAGAUUAUGAUUCUGAUUAAGCUUAAGAUUUCCAUUUAGGUUGGUAUAUUGUUAUUGGUGGAUCCUUACUUUUACUUAUGGCUACUAUUUUCUUUAUUUAUAAAAGAUUGAUGAAUUUGGAAAUAAAAUAAGAAAUUGGAUAGUAAGUUAAUACUGCUAUUAGUUAAUAUUUCUAAAUUAAUGAUAAUUCUUAAACAUAAAAAGGAAAAUCUGAUAAAUUAAAUAUGUUAUAAGAUAAUAUGAUGCUUUAAAAUCCGGACGAUUUAUAAAAUUAAGCUUGAAAACGAUUUAUUUAUUUUUACAAAGAAAUAUAUUUAAAAUAAAAUUAUCUCUUAUUUCCUUUAUUAUAUUUUCAUAU